AUGUCCUCCUCACCAAGACCACUGCUAGAAUACUACGACGUGUGUCUCUACGAUGAAGACAUGGAUAACCUCCAAGGUCUAGGCUGGUUAUCCGACAAUAACCUCUCAUUUUGGUAUGAAUAUCUCGAACGCGAAGUCAUUCCAAACUUUACCGACACUUCCGUCCUCCUCAUCCGUCCUUCCUUGGCGUUUUUGAUCGCACAAACUCCGGACCCAUCUAUGAUCGCCGACGCCCUUCCUCCGAAUUUGAUGGAUGCCUCGCAUCUUUUCCUGCCUAUAAACGACAACACAGACACCACCUCCGUCGGCGGCUCACAUUGGUCGCUCCUCAUUGUCUCGCUCCGGGAUAACGUAUCAAUGUCCUAUGACUCCCUCCACAACGCGAACGAAGAACCAGCCCGCCACAUGUCCUCCGCCUUCUCCAAACUCUUCAACAGCAAGCGAGCGGGAGCGGGCUCAGGAGGAGCAGGGGCGGGGCAAGAGUUCGAGUUCGUGUCUAUGCAAACCCCCCAACAAGAAAACGGCAGCGAUUGCGGCGUCAGCGUCUGCCUCCUCACCCGCCUCCUCGUCGGCCGUCUU